ACAUUCUUAGUUGUCUGCCUAUAUAAGCAACUACCAUUUUCUAGAUCUCUUCACCUCAAAUCUUCUUCUCAAGGUUCUUCUAACACUUCUCUCACUCCCUCUCCCAACCUUUUAUGCUUAAACCUAAUCUGUUCCAAUCGAUCCAAACCAAACCAGUCCGGCCUUUCUUCUCAGCUUCUCCUCUUUGCUACUACUAGCUUCUAAUUUUAUCUCUGAUCUCUGAAAAUGGCGUCGUCACAAAACAAUGAAGAAGAGAAAAAGAAAAUGAAGAAGUUGCAAAAGAGUUACUUCGACGUUCUUGGAAUCUGUUGUACAUCAGAGGUUCCUAUUAUCGAAAACAUUCUUAAGUCUCUUGAUGGCGUUAAAGAUUUUUCCGUCAUCGUUCCGUCCAGAACCGUGAUUGUUGUUCACGACAGCCUCCUCAUCUCUCCGUUCCAAAUUGCUAAGGCACUCAACCAAGCUAGGUUAGAAGCAAACGUGAGAGUAAACGGAGAAACAAACUUCAAGAACAAAUGGCCAAGCCCCUUCGCGGUGGUUUCCGGCAUACUUCUCCUUCUCUCCUUCUUAAAAUUCGUCUACUCGCCUUUACGUUGGAUCGCCGUCGCAGCAGUCGCCGCCGGGAUUUAUCCGAUUCUUGCCAAAUCCUUUGCUUCCAUUAAAAGGCUUAGGAUCGACAUCAACAUUUUGGUCAUUAUAACCGUGAUUGCAACACUUGCAAUGCAAGAUUUCAUGGAGGCCGCAGCAGUUGUGUUCUUAUUCACCAUAGCUGACUGGCUCGAAACAAGAGCUAGCUACAAGGCGAGUUCGGUAAUGCAGUCUUUAAUGAGCCUAGCUCCUCAGAAGGCAACAAUAGCCGAGACUGGAGAAGAAGUUGAAGUAGAUGAGGUUAAGGUUAGCACAGUUGUAGCAGUUAAAGCCGGUGAGACCAUACCAAUUGAUGGAAUUGUGGUGGAUGGAAACUGUGAAGUAGACGAGAAGACCUUAACCGGUGAAGCAUUCCCUGUGCCUAAACAGAGAGAUUCUAUAGUUUGGGCUGGAACCAUCAAUCUAAAUGGGUAUGUAACGGUGAAAACAACUUCUUUAGCUGGUGAUUGCGUGGUUGCGAAGAUGGCUAAGCUAGUAGAAGAAGCUCAGAGCAGUAAAACCAAAUCUCAGAGACUAAUAGACAAAUGCUCUCAGUACUAUACUCCUGCAAUCAUCAUAAUAUCAGCUUGCUUUGCAAUUGUCCCUAUUAUAAUGAAGGUUCACAACCUCACCCAUUGGUUUCACUUAGCGCUAGUUGUGUUAGUCAGUGCUUGUCCAUGUGGGCUUAUACUCUCUACACCAGUUGCUACCUUCUGUGCACUUACUAAAGCGGCUACUUCAGGGCUUCUGAUCAAAAGUGCUGAUUAUCUUGACACUCUCUCAAAGAUCAAGAUCGCUGCUUUUGACAAAACUGGGACUAUUACCAGAGGAGAGUUCAUCGUCAUAGAUUUCAAGUCACUCUCUAGAGAUAUAACCCUGCGCAACUUGCUUUACUGGGUAUCAAGUGUUGAAAGCAAAUCAAGUCAUCCAAUGGCUGCAACAAUCGUGGACCAUGCGAAAUCUGUUUCUGUUGAGCCUAAGCCUGAAGAGGUUGAGGACUACCAUAACUUUCCAGGUGAAGGUAUCUACGGGAAGAUUGAUGGCAACGAUAUCUACAUUGGGAACAAAAGGAUUGCUUCUCGAGCUGGUUGUUCUACAGUUCCAGAGAUUGAAGUUGAUACCAAAGGUGGAAAGACUGUGGGAUAUGUUUAUGUAGGUAAAAGACUAGCUGGAGUUUUCAGUCUUUCUGAUGCUUGUAGAUCCGGUGUAUCUCAAGCAAUGACAGAACUGAAAUUUAUGGGAAUCAAAACCGCAAUGCUAACGGGAGAUAGUCAAGCCUCGGCGAUGCAUGCUCAGGAACAGCUAGGGAAUGUUUUGGAUGUUGUACAUGGAGAACUUCUUCCAGAAGAUAAAUCCAAAAUCGUACAAGAGUUUAAGAAAGAAGGACCAACAGCAAUGGUAGGGGACGGUGUGAAUGAUGCACCAGCUUUAGCUACUGCUGAUAUUGGUAUCUCCAUGGGGAUCUCUGGCUCUGCACUAGCGACUCAGACUGGUCAUAUUAUUCUGAUGUCUAAUGACAUAAGGAGGAUACCACAAGCGAUAAAGCUAGCAAGAAGAGCUCGACGCAAAGUUGUUCAAAACGUGUUUCUUUCAAUCACGUUCAAAGCAGGAAUACUGGCUUUGGCCUUUGCUGGUCAUCCUUUGAUUUGGGCAGCGGUACUUGUUGACGUAGGGACUUGUCUCCUUGUGAUUUUCAAUAGUAUGUUGUUGCUGCGAGAGAAGAAAAAGAUUGGGAACAAAAAGUGUUACAGGGCUUCUACAUCUAUGUUGAAUGGUAGGAAGCUUGAAGGCGAUGAUGAUGUUGUAGAUUUAGAAGCAGGCUUGUUGACAAAGAGCGGGAAUCGUGAAUGCAACUCAGGAUGUUGUGGUGACAAGAAAGCUCAAGAGAAGGUGAUGAUGAAACCAAGUCAUAAAACCAGUUCUGACCAUUUUCACUCUGGUUGUUGUGGCGAUAAGAAGCAAGACAAUGUAAAGGUUGUGAGAGAUGGCUGUUGCAGUGAGAAAAUUAGGAAACCAGAGGGUGAUAUGGCUUCAUUGAGUUCAUGCAAGAAGUCGACAAAUGUCAAACAUGACCUGAAAAUGAAAGGUGGUUCAGGUUGUUGUGCUAACAGAAAUGAGAAGGGGGAGGAAGUAGUGGCAAAGAGCUGUUUUGAGAAACCCAAACAGGAAAUGGAGAGUGCUGGAGACUGCAGGUCUGGCCAUUGCGAGAAGAAGAAGCAAAAUGAGGAAAUUGUGCCAAAGGAGAUUCUUGGUAAGGAAUUAACUGUUUUGGAAAUAGAGUUGCAGACAAACGAUGGUAAAACCUGCAAAACAAGCUGUUGUGACAAAAAAGAGAAGGUUAAUGAAAUAUGUCUGUUGCUCUCAAGUGAGGACACAUCUUACCGGGAACAGAGAGUGAUGAUUGAAGAUAAAUUAAACUGCAAGUCUGGCUGCUGCGAUGGUGAAAAUCAAACUGCUGAAGUUACAAUUGUGGAUUGUAGCUCAGGAUGCUGCGAGAACAAGGCGACAGAGAAACAAACCUGCCAUGAGAAGGCAGCUCUGGACAUGGAAAGUGCAGUUAGUUGUGAUCUCAAGCUGGUUUGUUGUGGUAAGACAGAAGGGGAAGUGGGAGAACAAUCUGAUAUGGAGAUAAAGAUUGAAGCACUCUGCAAGUCUGGAUGCUGCAGUGAUGAAAAACAAACCGGGGAAAUAACUCCGGCUUCUGAGGAUGAUACAGACAAUCAGGAUUGUUCCUCGGGAUGUUGUGUGGACAAAGAAGAAGUGACACAAAGCUUUUAUGGUAAGAAGCAUGCUGUGUUGGUAAAGGAGGAAGGUUUGGACAGGGAAACUGGUUUAUGCUGUGAUCCCAAGUUGGUUUGUUGUGGCAGCACAGAAGGAGAAGUGGAGGAGAAAUGUGGUAUGGAGAUAAGGAAUGAAGGUCACUGCAAAUCUGUUUGCUGCAGCGAUGAAAAACAAACCGGGGAAAUCACUCUGGCUUCAGAGGAAGGGACAGAAAGCACGGAUUGUUCCUCGGGAUGUUGUGUGGACAAAGAAGAAGUGACAAGUAUCUGUCAUGAGAAGCCUGUUACCUUGGUGGUUGCGGGCUUGGAAACUGAAGGUGGUGGUGAUUGCAAAUCACUGCAAUCACAUUGUUGCGGAACUGGUUUGACACAAGAAGGGUCUUCUAAUUUGGUCAAUGUGGAGAGUGCUCAAUCCGGAGGCUGUAGAACAGUGAAAGUCUCUAGCCAAACCUGUUGCAGCGAGCGAGAGAUAGAGAAAGUAUCUAGUCAAAGCUGUUGCACAAGUCCUACUGAUCUGGUGUUAUCUAACUUGCAAGUGAAGAAGGUUGAGCGUUGCGAGAGCUCAAACAGAGCCAUCAAGGUAGAGACCUGUUGCAAAGUGAAGACUCCGGAGGCUUGCGCAUCAAAAUGUAGGGAAAGAGAGAUGCGUCACAGUAGUAAAAACUGUUGCAGGAGUUAUGCAAAGGAGUUUUGCGGCCACCGCCACCAUCAUCACCGCCACCACCACCACCACCACCAUCACCAUGUGAGUGUUUGACGGAGACUAUGAUUGAAUAGCUUAAACUCACGCAUCCAACUUUUAUAUAUAUUUGUUCCAGCAAAUACAGUAGUAUAGAUUAAGCAACUGUAUAUUUAUUAAGACAAUGCCGGUCCUUGUGUCCCUUAUUUAUGUAAAAUCCUAAAGUUCUAUACUCUCUUUUCUUGAAGAUGCAGAUAAUGUUGCUAAACGGAUUUAAAUUUUGAUC